UGGCUAAGAUAGAGUGAGGGCUGCAAGGUAGAAUUUAUCGUUUGAGUAGACGUGCGCUGUACCUUAAAAAGCUUAAUAAAGCGGAGCGAACAGAUGAAUAACUUGCAACAGACGCAGACGGAACGGAAACGGCUGUUAGUAAACACGAUUAGGCGUGACGACGUAAAGACCAAGCCAGAAAACGACACGGGAAAAUCGUACAAAAGUUACGCAAAAGUAGAAAAGCAUUAAUAACAUGACCUUACGGAACGCACAAGGAACUUUAAUAACAAAAUACGCCGCGAAAUGAAUUUGGAAAACAUUGCAGUUUGGUGUUUGAUUUUUACGUUUGCAAUACUUGUUUUAAGUACGCUAAUUUCCUACUCUAUUGAAAAAUAGCCACCGUUAAUUCUACUGUGUCGUAUCAAUAUUAUUGACGAUAAUACGUCCUAGUGCUGGUUAAUGAGACCCCAGGCACGUAAUGACGUCCGCCAUUGUAGAUCGUACGUCUAUCUAUAUCCGGGCAAGGUUAAUCGUUUUGGGAUGCGAUUGGUCUCGUCUUGCUGUGCUCGUUAUGUGUGUCAAAAAAACUAUUUACUUUGGCAACUAGUUCAUGGUCCAAUCGUGUGUCUUGCCUUGCAUUCUUUUACCUAUGAUGAUUCAAGUGUGAUAGUAAUAGGCGCUCUCUUAUUAUCUUGCCCUUUAUGGUGGCUGGCAUAUUAUUUGUACUCUACCACGGUAUCUUCAUCUCGGAAACAUGCUCCUCAAUAGUCAGUUACCGCUGAGCAGUGUCUCGUGGCUCGUAAACCAAUUGAUGUCUGUCUAAAUACAUCCAGAUAUCCGCUACUCAACUUUAGCUGUUUCGCGAAAGCUUUCGCGCCCGCCAUUGUGGCGAUAGAUGCAAUGUCGCUGGGUGACGUUAUUGAGAACUUCGUUGCAUUUUCAGCUUCAACAAGACUAACAAACAAAUUUCUAUUUAGUCAUUGAGGGACUAUUGACGGGUUUAUCGGUAGAACAUUAUGCUAAAUUUAAAUAUAGAUUCAUCAGUUGAACAACAAUGCUGUCAAGGGGAACCCUCUGAUAAUAAUUAUACUGAUAAUGAUAAAUAGUAGUAUUGCAAUAUGAAAAGUUCGUGUCAUAAUUGUGCGUAGUCAGAGCUGGAAAAACAUUAAUCUCUUGAACUAGUCCGCCAGCUGCAUGCUAUACCCGUAAAUAUUGUACGUGGCAGCCAUGUUCGUGUGCCCAUCACGAGCAGCAGGGUUGGGGCAGUUGGCAUUCACAAAUUUAAAUCGUCGAUAGAUUUGAUUAUCCGUCCGCCUGAUUCAAGUCCCUGCUGCCCUUUCCAAUUAAUUUAUUUUUGUCCACCGACAAGUAAAUAUUCCUGAUUGCAGUAAAAAAAAAUACUGACUCAGCUAGAUACUUUGGCAGUAAGUUAUCUGCUUUUAACGUAGUUGUCUUGAACAAAAUCGCAUUACUGAGCAUUAUUAUUUCUAUUUAAUGUGUGACGGAACUUGCAUUCCUUUCACAUUAUUCUGAUCACUCUGAUGACAGCCAUCGGGACUAGAUUUUACAGCCAGCUUCUACACCCCUUUUGGUUUCUGCAUAACUAUAUAACAGUAAAUCUUUACAGGGUUACUGGUCGGUACCUUUAGGCUAGUUGAAAGCAGAUCCAUAGAUUGCUGCCGGGUUGAUGAUCCGUGGUGUCCUGCAAGCAUCGCUUGUGUUGCUACCAAUUGUCGCAAUAUUAUAGUCAAAGAUGUCUUACGCUUCCCGGUGCGAUUCUUAGCCCUUUUUGAUAACAUGUAUAUAUAUACGAGGGUCUGUGCUUUUCCCUAACCCCCUGCUCUCGUACCCUCAAAUUCCCUCGUUCUUUUCCUUACUGCCUACCUAUUCGUGUUUCUAGUUUGAAAACAGUAACAGCAGCACUAGGAGCAGCCGCCGCGUCAGAUUUCCCUUAAACCGGCAAGCUAGAACUGGCUAUGGCGAUGGGCUAUUCAGAGAUAUAUAUAUAUAUAUAUAUAUGAAGUGUUAAACUAUUUAACUUUAGCAGGCCUGCCCGCAAUGUGACUUACUUAGUUUGGCCUAUUUAUUCAUUACGUGACAUUGGGCUAGUUGCAACGUAGUAUGUUGAUGCUGUGCCACCACAGAUGCAGUGCCAUCAGUCCAUCUUACAAGCAAGCCACAACGGGCAGCCGCCCGGCAUCGGUUAGUAACCGAGCCCCGCGGUUGUCGGCGACGGCGCCUGUCCAUCAGCUGUGGCGCAGGCCAUGGAUGGAUCUGGCUGUCUGGUCCGCUGCUGGCAUAUGUUCCCUUUGUGUGCGUAUGUGUGUGUAUGUGUGUGUAUCGGUCCGGGUGUUAGUGCGCAGGGAUGUGUGUCGGUCACCAACGCAGCAGCAGCAGCAGCAGCAGCAGCUGCUACUCAGAUUAGGGAGUAGCAGGGAAUAACAGGGGGCAGAGCUCUCCCAGUUUAGUCGACGUACAUAAUCGUAUCCUAGAUAUGGCCGCCCAUACAGGCAACCUGUGCCAGCCGAUGUUGGUGCCGCUAGACGCGCAGUAGCAGCAGCAUCGGUAGUUGCCGCUGUUAGCGGCUGAUAUGGUAGCAGUGGCGAUGAUGGUGGCUUUGGUGGAGCCUCCGUCCGGCCACGGCCAUCAUCAUUGCCACCACGGAUGGCACGGUUGCCGUCAAAGCACCCUAAAUGGCUGGCAAAGGGAAGAUUGUAUGGACUAAAACCAGCGCCAUCUCGCGGUCAACGGCGUCGAGAGCUCGCUCACUCGACGGACGACUGCCGAUCUGACGGGUUGUUUGCGCGGCGGGUCCUGCUUCGCUAACGUCGAAUUUGUGCCAGGAAAAGGAAAGGAUAAACUAUCGAACUAGGUGGUACAUUUGGCCUAAGUCGGCUCUAUUACACAGCAUUAUCUUGUCACUGAGAAGCAUCAAUAGGAAUUCCAAGAUAACACGUGUCAGAAAAUACGUAAACGUGAAAUAUCACCAAACCUGCAAUUACAUCUCGCGAAUAUCACAAGUGUCUCAUUGGGCUCCUCCUUCAAUGAGAUGAUUUCGCAAAACGCUGCAGUACUAUCAAGCGAGCAUCGAGGCCAGAUUGAGGGUAUCAGCUUGAACAGCUCCGGUCUCAGCAAUUGUUUAGACAGCCUAAACAAUAAUAAUAGCAGCAGCAGCAGUAUGUUGUCGUCAAAGAACGACCUUUUUAUUGGGCAGCAGUUAAGCGAUGAAGAUUGGAAUCCAACGCUACCGACACCGCCGCGUUCACCCGAAAGCAGCCAGGCGACAGAUGAGGACAACACAAAUGAUCUGAAGGAGCGAGACCUGAUCGAGCUGAUUGGGGAAGCCGAGGCGCUUGCCAUUCUCGAGGACAUCGGUCUCGACUUCAGCCCUAUUGACGAUUUCCUGAGUUCGUCACCCAGCAGCAACAGUUGGAAUCCACAGGCGCUUUUGCACAGCAGUUUGGCUAGUGCGAGUCAGCCCAGCGCAAGUUCCUCAGAGCUGCGCCAUGACUGCAUGUGGUCAGGCGACUGUGACCACAGUUGUAAGCAACAGCGGAUACGUUAUCCGUCGGAGAAUUCCGAUAUCCAGCUGCUAACACCGGCAUCAUCGCCCCUUCGCCACUGUGGAACUGGCUCACAUCUGACCUCGGAUCUGAAAUUCUCCACCGAACAGUCAGAACUCGAAGCUGUUUCUGUAUCUAACUUUGUAGACCCGUCAGCCGUUCUUAGCUAUACGCCACACUCUGACCAUUGUUACUACCAGCCAAACGCCCGCCAAAACUACGAGGCCGAUGGGGAACUUAGCAACGGACAGCCGAUCACUGUCGCUACGCCUGGACCAUCACCUAAAAGAAGCACAUGGAGAAAAGAGCAAUACGUCCUUUCGGAUACGCCUUCGGAGUCCGAUGACAGUGACGAAUCAGAGUCAAAUGACGAUGACGAGGAAGAGAUUGACGUCGUAUCUAUACAGUCAGCGCCACUAGCGUCACAUGCGCACAAUGCGACGAACGUAGCCAAUGGACAACAGCAGCUUCAGCAGAUGCAGAUGCAACGCGCCCACCAGAGAAGUCUAACAUCGCAUACGGCCUCAUCGCAGCGUUCGCUUCUGAAGUCGAAGAACUCAUUGAAGACCGCCGCGCACAAACAGCGCAAACAAAAAAACGCUGGUACCGUCGCCAACGUAAGCGUCACGAAUAAUGCGCUCCCAACUCCAGUAACGCCUUAUCUUCUAACACCAGCGUCGAGUCCUCAGCCUGCCGGUAACCCAAUCGGACCUACCGAAUACCCAAUGCCCAAGGUCACCUCUUCGGGACGUAUCGUUCAGCCAACAAAUCGCAGCGUGUCAUUUUUGGAGGCCCAGCCCCAGCAUUCGUCAAGAGGAGAACACCACUCGCGUAAAAGGAAGAGGAACAAUAACGAAAAUUCACAUUCGGUACGACCGACGAAACACGGCAGGAACAGUGGCUCUAAUCGAACCUGCGAUAUCGAGGACCCCGAGAAGCGACGCGAGCACAACUCAAUGGAGCGCAAACGGAGAGAUGACCUCAGGUUCGCCUUCCAGAAACUCCGUGAGCUCGUUCCCGAGCUGAAGGAUAACCCUAAGGCAGCAAAGGUGACCAUUCUCUCAAAAGCUGCCGAGUACUCGCUUCGACUUCAGCAGCAGCAGAAACAAUUUGAGAUGCAGAUAUCACAUGAAGAGCGGCGAAGACGCCAACUACUGAAGACCUUGGCCGCGUUACAACACCAACACAGAAGCGCAAACAGUCAGGGUCUCGGCGCAUCCGCGCUGUCGGUGUAAGGCGAGAGUGGCUAGAUGUCUUGACUUUGAUGUCUUUUCAAUUCGAUGAUUGACUUUAUCACACCUUUCCAUCACUUCAUAAACUGAGCUCGAGAUACAUAUAUACAUAUGUUUAUAUACAUAUUUUUCUCCGCAUCAUUUGUUGUCUUCAACACGUGCUACGACAGAAAAUUAGCAGAUGACACAACAGAUCUUUGAGAAAACAAACGCAACAGAAUUCGCACAGACGAACAUACACACACACACACACACACACAUGUACAUAUACAGACAUACACGUAAUUAGGUACAUGCACACCAGGAUCCGAGGUCCUACAAAUCCCGUUGUUUAAAUUGUUGUACUUUUCCAAAGUGCUAUGUUGAAAUUCCUCAUUGAAAUAUACGAAUUGUGACUCUCGCUUUAAUCGGCCACAAGCUGAUUAUUACCAUGACAACGUUGCGUCGGGAUAAUUCAAUUGGCUAUCUUUAACUGCUACGAUUAAGAACAACGGGUUGAACAACUCAAGCUCUAAACACUUCCCCAUUAUUUACAUCAUUAAUCAAUCAAUCAAUCAAUCAAUCAAUAUAUUCUAAUAAUAUAUUAUUAGAAUAUAGACGCGCCCUGCUGGUCUAUAGUGAGUUAAGCAGAGGACGUGCGGCGGUCCGACUCCCUGUGACAUAGCUUUACUACAGCAUCUAUUACUAUCGAAUAACAUAACUAUUGUUAUAACUAACAACCACGGUUAUUCUACUAGGCCGCUACGCACCGCACACAACACUGCAUACAAUCUCGUAGCGAUUGUUUCGCGCCUUCAGGGGGUGGGUGUGUGUUUUGCCUGUGUUAGUUAGAAACGAGCGCAUGUAGAUAGACGUAGACCGGGGACUUCAGGCUGCUUUUUCACCCAGAUGACGAUGGCAGCAGCAGCAGCAGCAGCAGCACUAGGUAGGAACGCAAUAGGCAAACAAUAGGAAAAAAUCGCAACGACGAGAUGCUGAUGGUAUGAUUUCGUUGCUAUGACGCAUCGAAACGACGAUCGCCCUUCUCUAAGCACAGGGCAACGACACAAGCUCAGGCUGUCUGGCGGCGACGAAGCUGACCGAAUGAAGAACUUGCAUAGAAAUGGAAAAAUAUCUAGGGGCAUUCAAUUCAAUUCGGUUCGAUGAUCUACCAAGAUGAACUACCAGGUACAGACAGAUAUAUAGGCAGGCAGGCAGGCAGGCAGGCAGGCAGGCAGACACACAGACCACAAUCACAAGGAGAACACGUGAGUGAACGAUGCUACACGCAUACGCCAGGAACAGGAAGAUGACGGUAUCGAGAAGCUGCACAAGUCUGUAGUAGUGAAAGUAUGUAAUAAUCGUGGUAGUAGUGAGAACUAAAGAAACCGCUAAAAUGCUAAUGGUUACCAGUUGAAGGGAGAAAGUAGAAACAUGCAAAGCAAGCCCGAACGGCAAAAGGUUGGUUAGCUGGUUAGGUAAUUUAUGGGGUUAUAAGGUCAAAAAGACAAACCUCCUACUAUUUAGAUGGAACGGACAUUGGAUGGUUUUUCUAGUUUUAUUUUUUUACAAAAAACUAGAAGCUGAAGGGGGAACGCAGCCUGAAGCCACUACCGGCCAGGGCCUGCAUGGGCUGAAACCAUCCGGUUUAGAAAAGUAGUGCUGGUGAAAAAGCGCAUCAGAGUGCGCUGCAGCCCCAAGAACCCUUAUUGAAAAUUGAAACACAACAAGAAGCUGGGUAGUCUUGAUUGGUUAUGGACCUCCGAUGGCGGCCUUCUUCGGAAGCCUUUCGCUAGGGCACCUGCAGGGCUGCACUUCAACAGACAGAUUGUUCCUGUCUGCGUAAAAUUCAUAAUAAUAAUAAUAAUAAUAAUAAUAAUAAGUUAUUUCGAACCUGUUUUAAACGAACAGUCGUCGUCGUCGUGUAGCUUUUUGUCGGUCAGUCGACGCCGGGGAGCACUACCACCAUCGCCGCCGCUGCCGCCACCGCCGCUCUCUCUAUUUCGGCCUCAAAAUCGCUCCGUAUAUACGAAAUUUGUACAUUUGUCGUGGGCGAUAUGCGGGGGCCGAAUUAUAUAUAUGAACAGACCAUAAAUAUAUAUAUAUAUAU